UUUUGGAUUCUAUCGGAUAUCCAUUUAGAUUCGGGUUCGGUUCGGAUAAUACCCAUAACCCAAAAUACCACAAAACAAGAUCCAUUCAGUAUUUACGUCGGGUUUGGAUCGGUUCGGAUUCAUUUUUAUCGGACCGGAUUCGGUUCGGAUUAUCAGGUUCGGUUUAUUUGCCUAGCCCUAGUUAAAACAUACUACAACUAAUAAAAGGAAAGAAAAUAAAAUUUAGAAUGUUAAUACAUAAAUCUUUAAAAAAGAAAAGAAUAUUAAUACAUACAUGCACUUGAUGUUUUCUUAUUUCCCUCUUGUCUCUCUAUAUAUACACGUUAUAUUCACACUCAUUCGCACAUACAUUUCAGUUUCAUACGCGUGUUAUUAAUCUCUCUCCAUUCUCAAAUUUCACAAUAUUCUUGUGGAUUUUUACAUUUCUUAAUCAAAUUUUAAAAGAAAGAAAACAAAUGGACGCAGCAAGUAGUGUUGACGAGAGCUCAACAAGUACAGAUUCGGUUCAUACUCCGGCAAAGAUUCCUCCGGCGACGGCAAGAAAGUCGCCAUCUCCGGCGAGUCUAUACAGAAUGGGAAGCGGAUCAAGCGUGGUUCUGGAUUCUGAGAACGGCGUCGAAGCCGAAUCAAGAAAGCUCCCGUCGUCAAGAUUCAAAGGCGUUGUCCCUCAGCCGAACGGAAGAUGGGGAGCUCAGAUUUACGAGAAGCACCAGCGAGUCUGGCUCGGCACUUUCAACGAAGAAGAAGAAGCUGCUCGUGCUUACGACGUCGCAGCUCACCGUUUCCGCGGCCGUGACGCCGUCACGAACUUCAAGGCCGACACGACGUUAGGUAACGGAGACGAAGUCGAGUUCUUGAACGCACAUUCGAAAGCUGAGAUCGUUGACAUGUUGAGAAAACAUACAUACAAAGAGGAGUUAGAGCAGAGGAAACGUAACCUACACGGUAAGGGAAACACGAAAGAGACGGCGUUUGCUGCCGUUAGGGUAGCGACGGGGUUUAAAACGGCGGAGACUCUGUUUGAGAAAGCGGUAACGCCAAGUGACGUCGGGAAGCUAAACCGUUUAGUGAUACCGAAACACCAAGCGGAGAAACAUUUUCCGUUACCGUUAUCAGGAGACGUCUCCGUGAGAGGGACGCUGUUAAAUUUCGAGGACGUUAACGGAAAAGUGUGGAGGUUCCGUUACUCGUAUUGGAAUAGUAGUCAAAGCUAUGUGUUGACUAAAGGUUGGAGCAGGUUCGUUAAAGAGAAGAGAUUGUGUGCCGGUGAUUUGAUCAGUUUUAAAAGAUCCAACGGUCAGGAUCAACAGUUGUAUAUUGGGUGGAAAUCGAAAUCCGAGUCGGAUCAAGAUACGGGUCGGGUGGUCGUGAGAUUAUUCGGCGUUGACAUUACUUCUUUGAAGUCUCAAAGUGAUGUCGUAAUGAAGGAAGAAACGGAGAUGCUGUCUUUAAGGUGUAAUAAAAAGCAACGCCUUGUAACUACAAUUUAACUCUUUCUCUUUGGUUUGUUUUUCUGUAAUUUCCUGGGAAAAAAACGUUUUUAAAAUUUUUUUCUUAACUACUUGUUGUCGACAUGAUUUAUUAUUUAAGUUGUAAAACAAAGUUAAAGUUGGUAGAAACUUUUCCAGCAAAAAA